CCGUCCGCCGCCAUUGGCCACCCUCCCGCCCGCUGGCCGCGCGCUCCGGUGCCUCGUCCCGAGAGCGCUCGCGGUGCGGUUUAUUCGUCUGCCACCCGCCGGCGAAACCACACGGCUCGCUCGACAGUACCGCGGACGAACCCCCGCAAGUUUUGUGAAUUAAAAAAGAAAGUUUCUCAUCGUUGAAUGAUAAUAUAGCCAAAAUGUCCACCAUACUCGAUGUUUGCGGACCUCUCUCCCCGCCCUCAACGCCGCCGUUGAUGGACGUUAAAGUGGAGCUACCGCUGAAGAAGGCCGCAGUGAAGCGCGAGCGCGAGCGGCCGCCCGCCGGCCUGGUGACGCCGCAGCCCUCCGACUCGGAGGGCGAGGACGAGUGCGGCAAGCGCGCGCGCUGCGAGCUCCGGCUGCUGCUGAGCACGCCACCGCCUGAGCCGCGCGCCUCCGUCAUCAUGCGGGCACACAAGGACGGCACCUGCAGCCCCGAGCCACUGCCGCCGCCCGCACACAUGAACAUGCUAAAAACCCUCAAGUUCAAACUGAACCGCAGCCAGAGCUACUCAUGCGCCCGAGCCAAUUACAUCGCCAACCAGGCGCCCAGUCCGCCCGCCAGCCCGCCUUCGCCACCGAAAAUCGAAGAGGCGCGCGUUCCUUCCCCGCACUUGGAAUACCUCCCGAAACAGGAGGAGGAGCAGAUAGUGCCCCAGACGGCAGCCACGCCGGGCUGGGUGCCGUUGGCGCCGCGGCCGGCCGUGCUCGUGCCGGGCGCGCUGCUGCCCGCGCUGUGGCUGGUGGCGCCCGCGCCGGCCGCACGCCGACGCCUGUACGAGUGCGCGCACCCGGGCUGCGGCAAGAACUACUUCAAGUCGUCGCACCUGAAGGCGCACGCACGCACGCACACGGGCGAGCGCCCGUUCCGGUGCGCCUGGCCCGGCUGCGAGCGCCGCUUCUCGCGCUCCGACGAGCUGUCGCGCCACAAGCGCACGCACACGGGCGAGAAGAAGUUCGGCUGCCGCGUGUGCAGCCGCCGCUUCAUGCGCUCCGACCACCUGGCCAAGCACGUGAAGCGGCACGCCAAGGAGCGCGCGCCCGCGCCCGCGCCGCGCCUGCUGCCCUCGCCGCCCGCGCCGCUCGCACUGAGCCCACUGUGAUCAGAUCUCGCGAUCUCACCUAGCUUUUAGUACAACUAAGACUGUCCUAUCAUACUACUUUAGUUUAAGACUGUGUUAUUUGGUAAGGUUCAAAGAAAGAAUAUAAAACACUGAUAUCUGA